UAUAAAUGGCGGCAAAAAAAUUGCCACUGGGGUAAAUAUUAUCGAUUAGCCGUCGUUCACGGUUCCGUGUGUGGCGAUUUUUACGAUUGAGUGGUCUAAUUUCACCGGGGAAAUAUGCAGUUUGAUGUUAGAAGGUUUGAUGUUUAUAGAAAAGUUCCCAAGGAUUUAACAGAACCCACAUUGACAGGGGCAGUCAUCUCAAUAUGCAGUUGUCUGUUUAUAGUAUUUUUGUUGUUAUCAGAAUUUUACAGCUUUAUCAACACAGAAAUUGUUAGUGAGUUGUUUGUAGAUAACCCAACAGAAAAUGACCGAUUGGAUGUGAAAUUGAACAUAACUUUGCCAAGGAUGAAGUGUGAACAUCUUGGUCUGGAUAUCCAGGAUGAAAUGGGACGGCAUGAGGUUGGUUUUCAGGAGAAUACCCACACUGAAGAAAUGAAUCACGGAGAAGGAUGUGUUUUCUCCUGCAAGUUCAACAUAAACAAGGUUCCUGGUAAUUUCCACGUGUCCACCCAUGGAGCAGGUGCACAGCCAGAUAAUCCAGACAUGGCGCAUCAUAUCAACUCUCUUAAUUUUGGAUCAGAAAUUAAGGAUAAACUUCCUGGUGCUUUUGUGGCUCUUAGAGGACGAAAUAAAGAAGAUGUCAAUAGUUUGUCUUCGCAUGACUAUGUAUUGAAGAUUGUACCUACAAUUUACGAGAAACUGGAUGGAACUACGACCUUCACAUAUCAAUAUACCUGGGCUUAUAAGGAUUAUGUAGCUUAUGGACAUGGCGGCCGGAUUUUGCCAGCAAUUUGGUUUCGCUAUGAUUUAAGCCCAAUUACUGUCAAAUACGUGGAGAGACGCAAACCGCUUUAUCAUUUUAUCACUACGGUUUGUGCUAUCGUGGGAGGAACUUUUACCGUGGCAGGAAUUAUUGAUUCCAUGAUAUUCACUGCAAGUGAAUUGUUUAAAAAAGCACAGCUUGGAAAAUUAAGUUAAUUUAGGCCAGUAGAAUAAUCGGUAACUGAAGAGUCACAUCGAAAUUCCUUUUGCGUAGAUGUUCCCUAUGCACAUUUCAGCAGAGAUACCGUUAAUUUGUAUAUUUAUUUCUCCAGAAAAUUUUGUAUUGCCUUCAGAAGGAACUAAACUCAAGUGUUCAUCCCUUUUUUAACGUGAAGACUUUUGAAUUUAUGGUUUUGGUUUUUUAUUUGUUUACAUAUACUUGGUUUAUAUGAGGAUAUUCACAGAAGUUGGUUACUGCGAGGCUGACCGUUAUAGUAUUAUUAAAGUUCAUAAUUUCAUAUAAAGGUUAAAUAGUAUAUUUAAAAAUAGUUUUGGAUGUGUGCUAUUACCCGGUUUUCUGUAAUAAAUAUGAUAGGGUUUGCUGAGAA